GGGGGGCGGGGGCGGAGCCUAGGUGAGUGUUUUUUCCAACAAAACGCGCUACACGUGUGCAGAGGGGCGUCCGCAUCGCUCGCCUCGCGCCCUCGAGAGGACAGACUGCGCUCAUGGACCCGCGGGACCCGCGCGGCGAACCGGAUUCUAACGACGGGACCGGCUCCUCUCCCGAUGCGCUGCGGCCGCCUCGGCACCGCGCUGGCGCUCGUGGCCCUCGUGACGUCAUCGCUGCCGCUGGAAUGUGUCCCGGGAUGUCACAAGAGAGAAGGAGGAAGAGGGAUCCAAAGAGACCACGUCCAGAGGGACUGUCCUGUGGAGCUGAGCUCGGUGCGGCCCCCGGCCUCAGGGGGAACCUACUCUGAACGCAUCACCGUCCGCGUCUGGAUGACGGCCGAGGACCUGCGCCAAAAACCAAGGAUUGAAAUCCUCUCGGCGACAGGACUGAUUGUCCUCCAGCCGUUCAGGAAAAGACAAACGAAGUCCAAAAACAAGAGACAGGAGGGAGAAACCUGCGUCGAGUGUUCCAGCAGAGCCGGCGGCUCCGUGUGGGAGCUGGUCUAUAAUUGCCUCGACGCUGAAGCCGGGACCGUCACCGCGUCCUACAACACAGCGUCGCAGAGCUGCCGUGUCAAUUACACGGUGCCAGAUCCCGUACCAGACUUUGAUCUGUCUGUCAACCACUCAUCUAAAUCCAUCUCUGUCACCGUGGUGGGCCCCGGGCACAAAGUCAAAGCCAGGUGGUGUUACCGCAAACACGGGAAGGCCUGCGUGGCAGAGGACUCCCUCCCGAUCGAGAUUGAUCCGUCCGUGUCUCCCUUCGGUCUUCUCAACCCCCGGUACCUGCUGCCCUGUGUGUGCGUGCAGGUGUACUACACCCACGCGGAUGCCAGGCGCCAUGUCAAGUGCCCGUUUCGAAACGAGAGCCUGCCAGAUGUCCGGGAUGUCUUGCGCUCCUCUAAAGACACCCUGUACGAGUCGGGUUUGAAGUGGAGCUCGCCGUGCUCCGCCAGAGAGCUGAACGUCUCUGCUUCCCUCUGCUGGAGGCAGCACCAGCACCAGCACCCGUGCACGCCGGUGCCCAACUCCACCCUGCAGAAGGUGGAGCAAAACGGGGACCUGAUGUUCAACACUGCAGCGUUGGACAAACACCCCCAGAUGUGUGUGCAGUUUUCUCUACAAGGCAGCAAUAACAUCUCUUGCCCCUUCUCCCGGGACAUGUCCUCGUGGGAGGUGAGCUACGGGCCGGGCCGGCGCGCCGUGAUUUUGUAUCUCGCCUCUUCGGCUCCCGCGACGUUCUCAGCUCAACUUUGCGUCCUCACCCCGAGGGGUUGUGCGCCUGAGGGACACGUCCACGCGGCGACGGUGGGGAGCAACUCGAGUGGAACAGCGAUCCGAGUGCCUCUUCACCUUCUCGCCGAGCAGCCGUGUGUGCAGGUGAAGUUGGCGCCUCGGAGAAAGCCGCACCUGCACCUGGUCCCAUUUUUCAUCUCCUCACACGCUUUCAACCUCCCGCAGGUGUGGCAGUCGGAUCCCGCUCUUCGUGGUAGACGGGUUCUCUGUCCGGACUACGCGCACCACAGACACGGCUUGUACGCCGUGGCCGCCGUGGUGUUUGUGGUUGUUGUUUCCUUUCUGGGAGUUUUGAUCCGGCGUCUCACCAAGAGCGGAGCUUCAGGCUGGCUCUGCAUCCAGGAGCCCGUGCUGCUGGUGUGCUCCUCAGAGCAGUCGGCCCACAUCUCUGCCGUGUGCUCGUUGGCCUCCAUCCUGCAGGGAGAGCUCAGGGCCACGGUGCACACGGCCCUGUGGUCCCAGGGCUCGCGGACGCAGGCCGGGCCCGGCGUGGCCGACCUGGGUCCGCUGCCGUGGCUCUACGGCCAGUGGGGAGCCGUGCGAAAGGCGCGAGGGAAAGUGCUGAUCAUUUGGAGUCCCGAGGCCACCGAGACCUACCGGAGGCGGAGCGAGGAACGGGCGAGCGUGGCUGAGGGAGAGGGAGCGCAGCCGGAGCGCGGCGGAACCAGGGCCACGGUGGGAGAGGGCGGGGGGAGGGUGGGGAAACACGAAAAAAGGGCCGCUGGAGAACGUGCGAAAUCACGCGGAGAGAAAGACCGGAGCCAGUGGGAGCCCUCCGCCGUGAUAGCCCCAGUGUUCACCGCUGCGCUGGCCUGCCUGGAGGCGGCGCUGCAGGAGGGCAAAGGUCAAGGAGUGGCCCUUGUCUACUUCCAGGGCCUCUGCCACAGGCGGGACAUCCCCAAGACCUUCAAAGGCCUCCCGCGGUACUGCUUGCCUCAGGAUUUCCGGGGCCUGAUCCAGGAGCUGGUGGGAACGAGCAGGCGGGCAGGAAGCGGCGAACCCGGCGGGCGCCGCUGGCCCCGACUCGUGUCCAAAGCGCUCGCCGCGUGGCUGGCGCAGCGGCUGACGCGCAGGCUGCAAGCGCUGCGGGGGCCGACCCGCGGCGGGCUGGGGGCGGCGAGGCCCGGCGGCGCGGGGGAGCUGGAGCCUCUCCGCGGGUCGCCGCGGCGAGCAGAGGAACUUUGACCCUCGAGGCCUCGCGUGUCUGCCGGCAGCCGACUUCGCUUCCCGCUGGAAACGCGGCACGCAGCCGGGUGUCUCGUGGCCAUUGUUUUCUCGUCUCUAUGCAAAGCUGCAAAAAACAUUAUGAAAAUCUGUUUGCAAAUGGCGCUGCACGCUUCACGGGUGCGUUUGAUAUUUGAAUGCUGACAGCGGGGGAGACGAGGAGUACCGGACCAGGCAAAUUUGCUUGGGGGUUUGAUAAAUGGGGGCAUUGAGGCAGAGCUGGAGUAGGUUUUCCAGCGGGAGGAACAAUAAAGCAACUGGCGUUGUGUGCGAAGCCAUUUGGGGAUUAAACCAUGUGGUCAUGAACACACAUAUGUGCACAUACUACCUCUUAAGACAAAGUAGAAAUCCUCCAUUUUAUUAUUAGACUGAAAACUUUCUAUUUCAUUGGCAAUAAAAAGUGGUAGGAAAAAUAAUAAAAUGCUUUUAAUGAGGAUGUUAUCUUUAUUAAUGUGUGAACAAUUAUAUUAAUAAAAUGUUUUUUUUGUUCUUGAGUUUCUUGUGUUUUCUUCAACCUGCUCAUUCAAACGAGUUAAACCAGUUAUGAAGACAACGUUAAAAGGUGAAAGCCCACAGUCCUGAUGUGAGGGAACCCCAGUCGCUGCCAAAACAUGUUCACUAUUUCCUCAUUUGGCAACUGGACAGACUUUUCAUGAGCUGACUAAACGACACGAGUAUGUAAAUAUAACGUGUGAACAAACACGCAGGACGUUUCAGACCCGGGGGAAUGAAUGGCCGUAAAAUAAAAUAAAAAUAAAAAAACCUAUUAUCGAUUUGAGAUUUAUGAUCACAGGCAGUUGGUUGGAUUUAAUCAAAUUGUAAAUAAGGCCAUAAAAGAGCUGCAUGUUUGAGUUUUGUAGCGUAUUCCUUUGGCACGUGGCCAUCAUGGAAACAGCCAAAUGUAUUUUAUACCCACAUGAUUUUGCAUUUUCCUGAUUACAAGCACCAAAGGGCCCCAGAAGCACAGCUAACACAGGUGGACGGUCUCCAAAUUGUACGGCAGAUAAGCGGGAAAACUUAAUUAUCUACUUACCUAAACUACUUAACUAACUUAUUCGCUCAGAUAGCCGUUAAUAAUUAAACCUGAGCCCUCCAACUGAAAACAUUGCAACAGAAGCUGUAUUCAUACUAGAGUGCAAUGGUGGUUCAGAGUCAAUGAGCCAACCUUGUAACCAAAUCGUCUUCUGUUACAGCAUCUAGAUGGAGAUGAGCUGACCGCUCAAUCCCCUUUUGUAAGAGUUUUGGACGCAGAUACUUGAAAAGUAUUGAGUAUGUUAAUCAUAAUAUCUUGGCCCGAUUAAAUAAAAACUUUUUGCAUACAUACCGUCUAUAGAAUACAUGCUUGUGACUAACUUUUACUACUUUUCCCACAAAGUACAUA